AGGAGAAUGAGUCUGACCUCAGGUAGACGUCGGGGAGCCUUGGAGAAGGAUUGGUGGGCAUCUAAUUCGGCACCCUGAGGACCAUCGCCUGGUCAGGAGAAAGUUGCCGUAUUGUGUGAAGAGCCAGUAUCGUUUCAUCACGCUUAUGGUCGGAGCCGCCUGCUGUCACCACGCCAUUAGUGUGUGGCGUCCCUGGCUGCGUUCAUGGUACAGCAUGAUGUUAUGUCCUUCCUGUGACAGACCACACACCCUGAACUAUCAUCACCAUGUCUGAUCAAAGUGCUACCCCGACUCCCUCUCCUGCACCCCCUGCUCCCAGCGGACCCCCUCCCAAGGUGACGAACCGUGGCCGCACGUCAGACCCCAUCGCCAACUCCAACUCUGACACUAUAGACAUCCCUGAGAUUGAGUACUUUGGUGCACCGGGCCCAAGAGGAUAUCCACCUCUGACUGAGUUUCUUGACAUCUCGGAGGUGGACAUGAUGAAACAUCCCAAUGAGAGCAACAAGAUAGAACACCACACCGCGAUGUACAACUCAGACUUCCUUAUCGUCCGCAGAGGACAAGAGUUCCAGGUCAAGAUCACCUUCGACCGUCCAUACAAGCCUGCUGAAGACAAGUUUGCUUUGGAGUUUGUCAUCGGCUCCAGCCCUCAGUACAGCAAGGGCACCUACAUUCCUGUCACAACCACUAAACAGCGUCAGAGCUCCUGGGCAGGCCGCAUCACAAACAAAUCAGACAACAUGAUCACCAUGGGCAUCACUCCUGCAGCAAACUGCAUUGUGGGGAAGUACCACAUGUAUGUUGCUGUGGUGACACCCUUUGGCAUCCGCAGGACCAAACGGGAUAAUAGCCGAGACCUUUACAUCCUCUUCAACCCCUGGGUGGCAGAUGACGCUGUGUUUCUGGAUGAUGAAGAAGAGAGGAAGGAGUGUGUGAUGGCUGAGAUGGGGAUUGUCUACCACGGUGCCUACGAAGACAUCGCCGAGAGAAACUGGAACUUUGGACAGUUCAACUAUGGAGUCCUGGAUGCCUGUUUGUACAUCUUGGACAGGUCUGAGAUGCCCAUCACCAACAGAGGAGACCCCAUUAAAGUGACCAGACAGGCCUCUGCUAUGCUGAAUUCUCGCGAUGAUGAUGGUGUGUUAGUGGGUAACUGGAGCGGUGACUACACCUACGGAGUGGCACCCACUUCCUGGACUGGCAGCACAGAGAUCCUGCUCACCUAUGCCAAAAGCAAGAUGCCUGUCCGCUAUGCUCAGUGCUGGGUCUACGCUGCUGUCUUCAACACCUUCCUGCGCUGUCUGGGCAUCCCAGCCCGGGUUGUUACCAACUACUUCUCUGCCCAUGACAAUGAUGGAAACCUGAAGACUGAUAUCAUCUUGGAGGAGAACGGCAGGAUCGACCGCCGUCGCACCAAGGAUUCCAUCUGGAACUAUCACUGCUGGAAUGAGUGCUACAUGACCAGACCAGACCUCCCACCUGGCUUUGGAGGCUGGCAGAUUGUGGAUGCAACACCACAGGAGACCAGCGAUGGCAUGUACAGAUGUGGCCCUGCAUCAGUCCAGGCUAUCAAACAUGGGCAGAUAUGUUUCCCUUUUGAUGCUGCCUUUGUGUUUGCUGAGGUCAACAGCGAUGUGGUGUUUCAUUCCCGGGGGAAAGACGGGACCAUGAAACCAGUGCAAGUGAACCGGAGUCACGUAGGCCGCCUGGUUUUGACCAAAACUCCUGGGGAUGUGACCCGCCGCGACAUCACCAAUCAGUACAAGUUUUCUGAAGGGAGCACAGAGGAGCGGACUGUACUAGAAAAAGCAGAGGAGUACGGCUGCCAAAGAGAGAAGUCCAACCCUCCUCUGCCUGACGUGGAUCUGGUCCUGCCAACUCUCGAGAUCAGUGUGGGUGACGACUUUGAGCUGAGCCUGGAGUUUGUAAACCGAAGUGACCAGCAGCGCACUCUGGACGCCUACAUCAGCGGGAGCGUGAUGUAUUACACUGGAGUCAGCAGCUCUGAGUUCCUGUUCAGGACUCCCAAGGUGAUGAUUGAGCCCAACAAAGCUGUGACUGAGUUGGUGGCUGUCCAAGCAAAACUCUACAUGAAACAUCUGGUGGAACAGGCCAACCUUCACUUCAUCGCGACUGGGAAGAUCAAGGAGACUGGUCAGAUUGUCACUGCCAUGAAAGUCAUUACCCUGCACAAUCCCAAACUGAUCGUCGAGGUGUCUGGGGGAGGCAAAGUGAAUGAUGAGAUGUUGGCGACUGUGCAGUUUACAAACCUCUUCUCCUUUAGCCUGGAGGACGUCUACAUUCGCAUGGAAGGACCUGGGGUCAUGCUGCCCAAGUUUAAAUAUUACCGUAUAAUUGCAGCAGGCUCCUCUUUGAUCUGGACCGAGUUUUUCAUCCCACAGAGGUCUGGCUCCACCAGGGUGAUUGCUACUCUGGACUGUCCUGCUCUCAGGCAGGUGUACGGCCAGGCGUCGGUCACCAUCGAGCCUUGAGGAUUGCUGCAGGACCACUGGUGCCACCAUCACUAAUCUGGCUACACUUUAGCAUAAAUGUGUGCGUACUUAUAUGUAACUGUUGGUAUAUAACUGUUUAACAGGUAUCCAGUAGCUUCAGCAUUUAGAACAGAAGUGUCAAUGUCAUCUCAGACUUCUGUUUUUUUUAUGAAAAAGUAUGUUUUGGGAAAACCUUUUAUAUUAAUGAUAAAAAAAAUGUAUUCAAAAGUACACAGUGUGUCUCUGAAAUCACAUCCACAUUCCCGCAUUCACUACUGGCUAUAUAAUUCAAUAUUUCACACUAGUGAGUAACAGACUAAAAUUUCAGACACUAAUAAAGCAGCAUAAUUCUGUAUGAACAAUUGAUUUAAAUGCUAUGUUUCAUUUUAGUAUUAAUGUUUCUAUUUGAGCAAAGUAUUUCUUUAUAGCGAUAUAAUCAGUUUCCCCCCAUUUUUUGUCGAAAAACAGUCAACACCCAAAUAAAAAAAA